AUGCCGUCGUUUAGAACGGCAACGCGAGCACUCGGGCCACGAACCCGGCCGAUAUUGUCCUCUGAGCCUCUCGUGAUUAACCGGAGAGCAAUCAGCAGUUACGGCUAUACCCAGGCCAAAGCUCUGGUAUAUUCCAAAUAUGGCGAGCCGCGGGACGUCUUGUCGCUCCACGGCCACUCCAUUUCUCCUGUUUCCGGGACCAACGUCGUUGUUCGCAUGCUCGUGGCGCCCAUUAAUCCCGCCGACGUCAACCAGAUUCAAGGCGUGUAUCCCUCCAAACCGGCAAUGAGCACGUCACUCGGUACACCGGAGCCCACUGCCGUAGCCGGAAACGAGGGAGUGGCAGAGGUGAUAAGCACAGGAUCUGGUGUCAAGAGCUUGAGCAAAGGCGACUGGGUCAUCAUGAAAUACACGUCUCAAGGCACAUGGCGGACACAUAUGGAUAUCAACGAGAGCAAACUACUAAAAAUUGACAAUAAGGAGGGCCUCACGCCAUUACAAGCUGGGACCGUAUCGGUCAAUCCAUGCACGGCGUAUCGCAUGCUACUGGACUCGGCCAAAUGGGGGUUCCGUGGAGAUGAAUGGUUUAUCCAAAACGGCGCCAAUAGCGGCGUGGGCCGAGCAGCGAUACAAUUGGGCAAAGAGUGGGGCUUCAAGAGUAUCAAUGUCAUCCGCGGCCGCGAGGACAAGCAAGAAGAACAGAAACUCCGUCAAGAACUGCUCGACAUCGGCGCCACAAAAGUCAUCACCGAGGAUGAACUCCAGGGCCGCGAGAUCAGGGACCAAAUCAAAGAAUGGACCAAUGGUGGCCGUGAAGAAGUCAAAGUUGGUCUGAACUGUGUCGGAGGCAAGCCAGCAACAGCGCUCGCUAAAUUCCUCAGUCCUGGCGCGACAAUGGUGACUUACGGAGCAAUGAGCAAACAGCCCGUCACAUUGCCCGCAUCACUACUGAUAUUCAAGGAGAUAUCAUUCAAUGGCUUCUGGGUCAGCAAAUGGAGCGACAGGCAUCCGGACCAGAAGAAACAGACCGUCGAGGAUGUGCUGAGGUUGACUCGCGAGGGGAAAUUCAGGGACAUCCCAGUGCAGGAAUGCACUUGGGGUUGGGGAACUGAUGCCGGAACCCUGAAGGAGGCCGUUCAAGGUACUCUGGGCGGCUUCAGAGCAGGCAAGGGAGUCUUCGUGUUUGAGGAAUCUUGA